UUUUUCCCCAAAAGGUAAAAUAAAUACAAAAUCGUCAGCGGUUUACAAUUAUUGCAUAACAUAUGGGAACAACAAUUUACCUAAUAAAAAUCAACUUAAUUUGCUAUACUCUUACAGUACUCUUAUAGACAACUUCAACAUAAAGACAGCCCCUUUUACCAUGAGUAGAAAUGCUUUUGGCAAAAUUACAAAACCAUGAAUGCAACAUAAUUAUUUGAAAGAAAGAAAAAAAACAAAGACACACAAUGAAGGGACCAGCCGGGAUGAUUUUACAUUGAAUUUGCUCUUCUGGGAAUCAGUAGGCUGCAGCUCUAACCAUAUGGUGACAAGAGACUGUAAAAGAAAUGGAAUGUGCCUGUAAUGGCCCAUCGGGCUGCAACACAUCACCACACACUGCAGGCUACGUUAACCGCAGCUCCCCCACCCCCUAUUCAUUUCAUAUAGCAUAAAUACUGAGUCAGCACUUACACGAAUCUUCAUGAUGAUACAAUCUCUCUCUCUCACACACACAGCUUUGUAAAUUAUAUCUUUGUGGGGACUCUCCAUUCAUUUGUAUGGAGAAAACUCCAAUCCCAGCCUUAACCAUAACCAUAAGUAACCAAACAAAAUAUUAAAUUUUUGGGAUUUGUAGUUUGUUUUUUUUAAUGCAUUCACAGAUCUUUCCCCACAACAUCAAAAAAUUGUUUUUUCUUACAUUGCAGGAAACAUUUGAUCUCCACAAUAUAAUAUAAACAUAAUCCACACACACACACACACACACACACACACAGCCAGGAAAGCCUGAAGGUCAGCAUCCACAAAGGUUUUGACUUAGAGCAUUUGCAGCCCUCCUAACGACAUUGGUAUAUAUGCUUGAAGAAAAGCGGAAGCAUACCUUGGGUCAAUAGCCUUACUGGAACAUACACUGCUUCAUGGUGCAUACGGUAACACUUACAAUGGUCUCAAGGGGGAGCAGGAUUUUCUAUUAUGAAUACUAUUUGAAAUGGGCCGGCAGUACUGGACUCUAGCUGAACCUGGUUCAAUAAACUUGUCUAUAGCCAUCCAACCCCCCAACCUCUUUGCCUUCUACUGUCACUGAUGAAUCAAAGCCAUGUUAGUUUUCCCUUCCCCCAUCUGCAGGGGGGACUGGUGCAUGGAGAGGGGCAGCAGCCAUAAGUUUAAGUCACCGUUGAGAGCUCACUGAUGACCCAGUCAGGGAAGGGUCACGUUAGACACGCCUGGCUUUUAGUUUACCGCAUCCUUGCUGAGAUCACUUUCUCCAUCAAGAAGAAAAACAAGGCAAUCCACUGCAUGUCUACACUCUUCCCAUGGGAAAUUACAGCGGGAAGAUUAAAAAGGAAAGUGGGCAUAUUUAAACCACCUUGUAACAUAUAUUAUUUGUUUAUCUCCAAUUCUUAAUGCAAUUCCUACUAAGCUGUUGUAGGUUUACUGCGAUAUAAAUUUUAAUAAGAGCUAAAAUGGGUCGAACGGAUUUGACAAAAUUAAAGUUGUAUAUUUCACAAUCCGCGCUUACAUAAUUCAUUAUAUAAGGCUCUCGAUAACUUAAAAAUGUGUAUAUUAUUAAGGGACCGCAAAAUACACUGGAAAACAAUAGGCCACCUUCUACCCGCGGGGGACACGUCUAUUCGUCAGAAACCAAUAUCGGCAAGCAUUUUUUUUUUUAAUGCAUGACACGGCUCGUACACGUUUCAACACGUCUGAAAGCUGCACGUAAAGGCUGUUGGCGCUACUUAAACAGCAGCUAGUUACCGUAAACCUGGGUAAAACGAAACAGCUAACCUUCGGCGCGCAGCAUCCGAGGACGGAGGGAGGCUCGCGCUCGUGGCGGGAAAAGCCGGCUCGCGGAGGUGAGGAUGCGCGGGGCGCGACGGUUAACGAAGGACCUUAAUUUAACAGCUAUUUUCCUAAACGGACAGUAAAGCUAACCCGGUGCUUCGGUCCGACGACGCCUUCUCGAAAGCUCGGAGUCGUCGGGCGGAGGCGAGUUUGCUAGAGGCGAAUCGGGAAGGAAUAAACUCUAUUGAGAGAAGGAAACACACACAGACCAGCUGCGCAGCCACACCAGAACGAUGACCUUUUAAAUUAAGCCUGUCAGCUCACAGACUAAUGACGUGGGAGCGCUUUUCUGUUUCAAUGGACGGAAAAUAACGCGUUUUCACACACCGGCACGCGCUCAGAAAUCGCUGCAAACAAACUGGCUCGUCAUAGCACUGGGUCUGCACCAGCGGAGAGUCCACAGGAGCUGGUGCUGAAGACUGAUCUGUUCCUGGGAUCUGCAGAGGGGGGAUACAAAGGGGAGGCAAGAGGACGCAGGGCAAGGGUGCCUUUGACGGUGGGGGGAGGACAGGGGUGGGCAAGGUGCAGGGAUGGCUUCCGCUGGCAUGCAGAUCUUCGGCUUCAUCCUAGCACUACUGGGCAUCUUCGGGGCCACAGUGUCCACACUGUUGCCCAACUGGAAGGUGAGCGCUGACGUGGGCUCCAAUAUCAUAACGGCCAUCUCCCAGAUGCAGGGGCUAUGGAUGGACUGCACCUGGUACAGCACGGGUAUGUUCAGCUGCACUCUGAAAUAUUCCGUGUUGGCACUGCCUGCCUACCUGCAGACGGCACGCACCUCCAUGGUGCUUUCCUGUGUGCUUGCCAGCCUGGGCUUGUGCCUUGCUUCCCUGGGCCUCAAGUGCACCCGCUGGGGAGGUGGCCGGCAGUCCAAGAGGCACACAGCCAUUGCAAGCGGGGGAUGCUUCAUUGUGGCUGGCCUUCUUUGCCUGGUUCCUGCAUCCUGGUUCACCAAUGAGGUCAUCACCAGCUUCCUGGACUCCAGUGUGCCGGAGAGCAAUAAAUUUGAACCAGGAGGGGCCGUGUACGUGGCCUUCGUAUCUUCGGGAUUCCUCUUUGUUGGGGGAUCAAUUUUCUGCAUGUCCUGCCCAGGGAAGCGACGGGGCCACCAGGAUCUGAUCCUCACUCCUCCUGAUAAGCUACUGCAGCAUCAACAGCAGCAGCAUCUCAUCCAGCAGCAGUUACAGCAUCCGUAUUGCUCCCUCUCGCCCCUGGACAGCAAGGCUGGCUAUAGCCUGCAGGACUAUGUGUAGCCUGCGACCGUUACGGGAGGAACACCGCACCACUCCGCAGCUCUGAAACUGCGAGAUGGAGGAGGAGAGAUGUGGGGAAGAGGGGGUGGUGAUGACUGACACCCCCCCCCCACACACACAUACUUUCCUGUACUGCAAGCACAAGCGAUGUGGAGAGAUUCCCCCAGCAAUGUUUCAAAUACUGAAUAUACCCUGUAAACCGCGCCGUGGCAUUGCUGGCUUGAGACAGGAGAGAGAGCCAUCGACUAAAUGCAGAUGUCCAGCACCAGGAAAUAUUAACAGUUCCAUGGGGAAUGGAUUAACUGUAAGAAGCAUUUCCGCCCCCCCCCCCCACUCGCCAAAGGUUUGAAUCGAAAAAGCAAUUAUUUAGCUACUAACAAUCAUUUAAUUUUAAUAAACUGGCAAUACAUCCUAAAGAGGCAAUAUGUGAAUGUUAUCCUUAGCUUUUUUGUAGUUAGCCAUUUGCUAGAAACAGAGUGCUGAUUUUGAUCAUUUUGUGUCUUAUUUUGAUAAGCUAAUGGAAUGGUGAUUAUUCUACCACAGCAUGCUGUCUGAAGUUAGUGAAUUAUGCAGCGGAAUGCCUAGUAGAAUCUGAAAAGCAGACACUAUAUAUCGAACUUAACCUAUAGUAAACAUACACCAGUAAAAUUGUUCAAAACAACAACAUAAAUAAGGACACCAAGUUGCAGAUUAAACCAAAACACAAACAUGAGCCACAGUCUUGCUCCGGUUUCUCAAAAAAAAGGGAGCAACACCCUCCACGGGUUCAGCAGACAGCUGAUAUAAUGCCGCUGUUUCGGUUCCCAUUCACUCCCAACAAAAACAAGCCGUGUCUAGCCGGCUGCACACUGCUAAUUUAUUCUGUAUACACACACACACACACACACACACGCCGCUCUCGCACACUGUGCAGCAUGUGCUUUUUCACUUGCGUUGUCCUCACUGCCAUGGUAACAGAGCCUCUCGCCCAAAUAUCUUUAUUGUGUGCGUGUCUGUGUGUUGGGGUUGCUGGGGAGGUGGGGUGGGUCAGAGAUUAUAGCCGGAAUGGCUGUGGCACCACCUCGAGCCCCCUAUUGUGAGAUAACAUCUGCCAUCAUCAACCCCACUGUUGGGGUGGCUCAGUGCCUGGGGACUAAGCUCCUUCAGCUACACUACUCUUGCAGGUCUGGUCCCCUCCCCUCCCCCACCAUUCCAUCUGAUCAGGAAACGCUCCAUGGAGGAUACAGUCUACAAACAGUCCAUCGCUAAACAGAGGGAUUCCCUCAUCGACCUCAUAUUCCAGAGCUGCAAUGUGGUAAAGGACUAUGUUUAUAAAAGUGAAUGCAAUAUUAUAAAAUGCAGGGAGAAGCAGUUUGAGCAUGAUUUAGACUAAAAUGAAUGCACUGUGCUGAUAUUCAAAUGGUGCAUGCUUUAUAAUCUCAUGAACAUUUGAGUGUGUGCUUUUUUUAAAUCUCAUUGUCCAUCUGCGGCUUCCUCACGUCACUAGAACAUAUGUUGCAGUUUCUCACUCACGGGAGACUAUGCACCUGGAGUUCCAAUAGCCCAAACCCUGCCGAUGAGCAGACUGGGCCUCGUUUUCUCACGCUGUUUGUAUGGUCCUCUCUCUCUCUCGCUCUGUGUGUGUGUGUGGCCACGGCACCCAUUGCCAGCUGCCACAUCUCCAGUCCAAUACAGGCAGCACCACUGACGGCCCUGGGCCGAGAUUCGUACGGUGCUACGUUCUUUCCGUCAGGCAGAGCCCCAUGAGUGGGUGAGCAGAUGGCAGAGCCCAGAUCGCUGCUCACAGGCUACCACACUGCUCACUGCAGGCACCUCCGGCAAGUUGGCUGCCCUUAUGGGCAGAUUAUAUGCUUCAUUGUCAACAGUGUGACAAUCUGUCAUAAACUCUUGCCUGUAUUAACUGAAAACACAAAAUAGUAUCCUUAAAAUAAAUAGAAAAUUGAAAGCCUUGGUUCAAAAUCUGCACCAAAAAAGAAAAAAAACAGUACCAAUAAUUUUCUAAGGUCUUUUUCCUCAAACAAAUUGGUCAUACCGUUUCCUUGAUAUGGGCUUAUUCGUCAAGCCUGAAGACUCUAGGCACCUGUGAACAAUGAAGUGAAAUUUGAAUUCUCAUUUUUGUAUGUUAUAAGCACCUCCAUAUUUACCUAAGAGAGCACAGCAGUCAUCACCAGCUGGUGAAAGUGCCCAGACUUAGGGCAGUUCAUAUCUUUUUUCCAGGUUAUAGCCAUGACUAUAUGCCUCAUUGAAAUACCAGAGCAUGCUAAUAUCUUCUUUAUAAGAAGACUACUUGACACUUGGAGUGCAAGAUGGCGAAUGUCAGUUUGUUGCCAAGGGUAAGGGCAAAACGAGCCCUGACCUGCUUGCUGCCAUUCCGUUAGCUGUACAUAUCAGUUCCACGGACGUCCUCCCAGACUGGUUUCGGUGGAUAAACCAGCUGAGAGGGAGGAACCCCUAACUGACGUGCUUCGUCAUUGUGCAGCUUCCCCAUCUGCACAUUGCUUCAUUACUAGUGCCAAACGCUCCAAGCACAAAACAGUGGGCUUGUGUGUCAAAAUUCAGCUAUUGUACAGUGCAAAUACAGAUUGGGUUAUUUUGAUAAUGGCAGUUUAUUUUUGUCGAUGUCAAAGCUUUUCGUAGUUUGCUAACAAAUCAGAGCGGCUCAGGAUGUUUCGUCGUCUCGGUGUGCUUGUGCAAGUAGUUAUAUUUUUAUUAAUAAAAUUAUUUUGUGGAAGCUAAA